UAGGAGAAGUCAGAAGUAGUAACACACAAGACGCGGAGACGUUAAGACCUAAAACUUACAAUCUGAAGUAAAUAAAAAAUAAAGUUGUGAACGUGAAAACUUAAAUUUUAGGAAUUUAAACUUAAAAAAAGUCUUGUGAUAAAAAUUAUAAAAAUAAAUUAAAAAUCAUGUUGAAGUGUUUAAUAUUUUCAAGCUUUAUGCUUUUUGUGACUGCACAGACAGAACUUCCUCCAUAUAUCAAACAAUGUCGGUCAGCAGAUCCAGCUUUAGUUGAAUGUUUGAAAGGAUCUCUUCAUCAUCUUCGACCAUGGUUGAGAUCUGGAAUUCCAGAGAUUGAGAUGCCAUCAGUUGAACCGUUUACCAUGGACGUGCUUUCAUUGGCAUUGACUGGCGGACCAAAUGGAUAUCGAAUUAAUCUCAAGGAUAUGGAAGUGUUUGGCGCCUCAAAUUUCACUGUCAAGUCAAUUACCUUGGGUGAGGGAACGAAGCCUUUCGAAGCUGUUGUCACGAUACCACGUUUGGUAAUUAAGGCCAAAUACACUAGCAGCGGUGUUCUUAUUAUUAUCCCGGCCAGCGGUGGUGGUGAAUUCAAUGCCGUUUUUGAUGGUGUGACAGCAGAUGUUAAGGGCAAAAUUUCAUCACACGAGAAGCCAAAUGGAAUAUUUUUGCAUGUUGAUGCUCUCCUUCUUGAUCUCAAUGUCAAAAGACCAAAAUUGUCGGUCGCUAAAAUUUUCAACAACAACAGAAUUUUGACUGAAGCCACAAAUCUCUUUCUGAAGGAAAAUGGACAUGAAAUUCUCAAUGCAAUGAGACCGCAAUUGCAGAAAAAGUUGAGCUCUGAAUUUACCGGCAUUGCAAAUUCACUGUUGAAAAAUGUACCACGAAAUAACUUCCUUUUGGAUUAAGUCUACUCUUAUAUUUUAAAAAAAUUGUCUCUUUUAUUUCUUAUCCAAUUUUAUUUUCUCUUUUGAAUCUUUCAUCGAGCUUUUAAGAGGCAGGGUACAUUUCAUUUUAAGAAAUAAGUUAUUAGAUUUUAAUUUUGUUCUAUUUUUAAGACACAAAUUGCAAUUGUUUAAAAAGCUUUUCGCAAUGAAAUUUUAAUCAAUAAAUUAAAAAAUAAAAUAA